AAUGAAAAUCCUUGGCUAUAUACUGAACUUGAUGAAAAGCAAUAUGAAGUGUUAUUUCAUCUAUCUUCAGGUAUGAAUAGUGAAAUUAAUGUGGAACUUACUAAUUAUCUUUCUUCUAUUUUAGAUAAACUUUGCAUUGAGAAAAAUCAAGACACGAAUACAAUCGACGAAUUGGUUCAUCAUCAAAGCCAAAUAGGAUAUAUGAAAAAAUGUCCGGUUUGUCAAACUUCUAAUAUCAACAAUAAGAAACGAGUUUGCCCUAAUUGCUAUAGCAAAUUACCAAUGAUUUCUGAGAUAAUCGACGAACAACAUAAGACUAUAAAUGCCGCCGAAAAAUCACUUACCAUUUCUUUAUGCAUAUUUAAACAACGAUUAGUUCCAGAAAGCCAUGAUGCAAUACUUGAAGAAAUUAACAAAUCAUUAAAAUCAUUAAUUCCUCCAAUACCUUUACAACGACACUGGGAAAUUGCAGCACGUAAUUGUACUAAAUUUGCGAAAUUGCGUACUAAUAUUUUUAAAAUCAUAGGAUAUUCCGAGAGUGAAACCAAUGGGCCUCGUGCACGUCCUAGUUUUACCACUGAAUCAUGUCGAUUUCGGGUUCAGAUAAGAAAAGCCCAAUUUGUAAAUCCAAAUGCCGAUAAUUGUGCUUUUCAAAAUCUAAGUGAGGAAUUAACAUUAAGUGACGAAAUGAUAAGAUUUAGUGAAAUCACAUGUAUAAAGAGAAUUGAAUUUAUUAGAGCAAAAUUAAUUAACAAAAUACCAUUAGGCAUUUGGCGUCCAAUUCCCAUAACAUGCGACGAGGCAGAGCUUCAGAAAACUGAAAACUCUUUAACAAAAUCACAAAUUUUAUCUAUUAUUAAUACUUUAGCUCCUUUUUUAGGCGAUUCAGAUCGAUUGUGCUUUCGUGGUUUAUCGAAUAAGUCCCGUGAAGAUUUAGUGAAUAUUCUUCAAGAAAUCAGAAAUAUAUUAGCUGAAAAUAACAUUAAUACUAAUGAAGUAUAA